AUCUUUGUGGAAAAUCAAAUCCCCUUUUAAGUACAAAAUGCUUUUAUGGAAUUGUAUUCUUGGGAUCUUGCCAGUUGCUGAAAAAAUCUCCAUGUUUAUACCUCAUAUUUCUUUGGUUUGCACUAAAUGUCAGUAUGCUGCUGAGAGUCAUCUCCAUCUCUUUAGGGAUUGUACGGACUCCAAGACUGAUGAUAAAGGAAAGCAGAAACAAAUUGCAGAUCCAGAACAACAUUGGAAAGCUCCUCCACAGGAUUUCCUGAAGUUGAACACUGAUGGGGCUUGGAAAGGUUUAAAGGAAGCAGGAGGAGGUGGUGUCUUUCGCAGAGCUUCAGGGUCUUGGUUUAUGGGUUAUUCGUGAAAAUUCAAUGCUCCUUCUUCCCUAGCAGCCGAGUUAUUUGAUAUUAGGGAAGGAUUACGUUUGGCCAGGGAUUUAAGGAUUGAAAAACUCGAGGUGGAAACAGACGCUUUACAGGUUAGGAAUAUGAUGGAGACUGUUGCAGAUCAUGCUCAUCAUCAGUUAGCUCCGGUGAUUGUGGAAAUUUCAAGCCUCUUAAAAAGGGAGUGGGUGAUUAAAUUUGUGCAUAUUCCUAGAUGCUUUAACAAGGUGGCACAUGAGCUUGCUUCUAUGGCUUUAAUAAUGAAGGAGGAUAACAAAAUUCAUGUCAACAUUCCUGAUUAUGUCAAGGAUACUUAUGAAGCAGAUCUGAAAGCAGUUAAUCCAGUGUUUGCUCAUCAGAUUUCAAUGGAUAUGGCUACACUAGUUAAUGAUAUUAAUGGUUUUGGGGGUUCAUCUUCAACCAGUCAUCAAGGUUCAGCCACAGCAGGGCAGAUUGUGUUUGGUUCGAUUGUUUCUUCCAUUAAUGCAGCCAUUGCCAUCAAUUCUGAUGAUCGAAGAUUCAAUACCUCAAACUUGGUGGAUGUUCCUAUUUCUUUUGAACCGUUUACAUUCAAUGGAUCUCGUUUCAAUUCCCAAGCAGUAUCAAUAACAGAUCUUAAUAAGGAAGUAGCAGUUGAAGAUAAGGAGGAGGGUGAAAUUUUGGAUUAGCAAUGUGGGUAGUUCUGACUUAUCUUUUGGAAUAUAGACAGUUGUAUGGUUGGCAGCUAUUGUAUAAGUUUUUGUUUCCUUUGGCUGCUCUUAGGUUGUUGGGCUUUCUGGUCUUGGCUGGGUACCAGCUAAGGUGUUGUUGUUUGGUUUCUAGCUCUUUUGGUCUUUUGGAUUGUACAUACUAUUAAGCUAAUAUAAUUUCU